UAAAUUAUCUGUCACUAUAUGAUUUUUAAAUAAUAAUAACUGUCUACGGAAAGAAUCAAUGGCGCUAACUAAUUGAGAAAUAACUUGAUUCGGUCUUUGAAGCUUCAAAUUUAAAAUAUUUAAAUGGUUAGUCAAAUCAGUAAUAAAAGCGAGCUCACUGAGAAAUUCUAAAUCUUCUAGAAAAAAUUUAUAUUCGUCGCAUUUUGCAACAGAUAUUUCUUGCAAGAAAAGGAAGAUUUCUUUUCUUAUUGCAAAAAAUUUCUCUAAACAUUUUCCGGCACUAAGCCAGCGGACCUCGCAAUAUAAAGGGAGAUCGGUAUAAGUUGCGUUAUGCUCUUCGAGAAAGUGUUGAAACUUGCGAUGGGAAAGAAAUUUAUGACCACCUUUAAUAAAAUUAACAAUUUGCGUUACCGUUUGCAUAGCACUACUAAGUUUAACAGUUUUCCCGCAUAACGCUUCUUGAUGAAUAAUACAAUGAAUCAUCGGAAAUUUUAAAUCUCGCUGUCUGAUCUGACCGAGGAAUCCAUUUUUUGAACCUGUCAUCGCUUUGGCACCAUCUGUUAUUAUAGACGAACAUUUUGUAAAAUCUAAAUUAAAUUUAUUGAGAGUUUUUUCUACAGCUCUGAAGAUAUCUAUACCCAUAGUUGUAUCAUGCAAAGCAACAAAGUCUAAAAGCUCCUCGACACAUGAGAAAUCGUUUUGGACGAUUCGAAUAAAAAUACUCAACUGGCUCACGUGUCGAUUAUCGGUGCUUUCAUCAAGACACAAUGAGAAGUACGAACAAGUUGCUAACAAAGAUUUUAAUCUAUCUUCAAUAGAUAAUGCAAUAUUAGUAAUUCUACGUCCUACUGUUUGAUGGCUAAGCGGAAUACUCGUAACUUCGUCAACUGUCAAUUUACCGUCAAAGGAUUUUACUGUCUCAACGAGACAGUUUUUUAUAAAUUCACCAUCACUAAACGAUUUGGAAUGCUUCGCGAUGAGGAACGAAAUAGCGUAUGAUGCAGCCAAAGCUUUUGCAUUAUUGUUACCGGCGUUAGAAAUUAAUAAAUCAGAAGAAUUAUCUGCCUGAUAAACUAAUUUUAAACCUUCAAGAAUUUUUAAUUUUUCCUCAGACGUAUAACUAGAAUAUUGUCCGGAAUGUUUGACUCUAUAAUGUCUUUUGAGAUUGUAUCUUUUUACGACAGACGGCUCGUAACCACAGAGAACACAAGUUGUUCGAUUGCGAACAAAAACGAAGAAAAUAUCUUCCCAUAUUCUAUCAUACCUCUGUUCGUAGUUCUGCUUACUUCCAUCAGCCAUCCUUCAAAUAAUCGAUGAAAUCUUGAAAUUCUGAGCACUCUCUCGCAGGAAGACGUUACGCUGAGACACGCUUUGGAGUAAAGAAUCGGUUAAGACAAAUAAAUAACGGUUAAACAAUUGCGUAUAAUCUGGCCGCGCAGACUUUGCGUGGGAUCCGUCUUCCUGCGAGAGAGUGCUCAGAAUUUCAAGAUUUCAUCGAUUAUUUGAAGGAUGGCUGAUGGAAGUAAGCAGAACUACGAACAGAGGUAUGAUAGAAUAUGGGAAGAUAUUUUCUUCGUUUUUGUUCGCAAUCGAACAACUUGUGUUCUCUGUGGUUACGAGCCGUCUGUCGUAAAAAGAUACAAUCUCAAAAGACAUUAUAGAGUCAAACAUUCCGGACAAUAUUCUAGUUAUACGUCUGAGGAAAAAUUAAAAAUUCUUGAAGGUUUAAAAUUAGUUUAUCAGGCAGAUAAUUCUUCUGAUUUAUUAAUUUCUAACGCCGGUAACAAUAAUGCAAAAGCUUUGGCUGCAUCAUACGCUAUUUCGUUCCUCAUCGCGAAGCAUUCCAAAUCGUUUAGUGAUGGUGAAUUUAUAAAAAACUGUCUCGUUGAGACAGUAAAAUCCUUUGACGGUAAAUUGACAGUUGACGAAGUUACGAGUAUUCCGCUUAGCCAUCAAACAGUAGGACGUAGAAUUACUAAUAUUGCAUUAUCUAUUGAAGAUAGAUUAAAAUCUUUGUUAGCAACUUGUUCGUACUUCUCAUUGUGUCUUGAUGAAAGCACCGAUAAUCGACACGUGAGCCAGUUGAGUAUUUUUAUUCGAAUCGUCCAAAACGAUUUCUCAUGUGUCGAGGAGCUUUUAGACUUUGUUGCUUUGCAUGAUACAACUAUGGGUAUAGAUAUCUUCAGAGCUGUAGAAAAAACUCUCAAUAAAUUUAAUUUAGAUUUUACAAAAUGUUCGUCUAUAAUAACAGAUGGUACCAAAGCGAUGACAGGUUCAAAAAAUGGAUUCCUCGGUCAGAUCAGACAGCGAGAUUUAAAAUUUCCGAUGAUUCAUUGUAUUAUUCAUCAAGAAGCGUUAUGCGGGAAAACUGUUAAACUUAGUAGUGCUAUGCAAACGGUAACGCAAAUUGUUAAUUUUAUUAAAGGUGGUCAUAAAUUUCUUUCCCAUCGCAAGUUUCAACACUUUCUCGAAGAGCAUAACGCAACUUAUACCGAUCUCCCUUUAUAUUGCGAGGUCCGCUGGCUUAGUGCCGGAAAAUGUUUAGAGAAAUUUUUUGCAAUAAGAAAAGAAAUCUUCCUUUUCUUGCAAGAAAUAUCUGUUGCAAAAUGCGACGAAUAUAAAUUUUUUCUAGAAGAUUUAGAAUUUCUCAGUGAGCUCGCUUUUAUUACUGAUUUGACUAACCAUUUAAAUAUUUUAAAUUUGAAGCUUCAAAGACCGAAUCAAGUUAUUUCUCAAUUAGUUAGCGCCAUUGAUUCUUUCCGUAGACAGUUAUUAUUAUUUAAAAAUCAUAUAGUGACAGAUAAUUUACAUUUUUUCCCAUCUUGUCAAGUUCUUUUCGAAGAGCAUGGCAAAAGUUGCAAUUUUCAGAAGCAUCUCCAGUUAAUCGAUUCACUUAUUAGUCAAUUUAAUACACGGUUUAGUGAUUUUGAAAUGUUGAGAAAUGAUCUUAUUCUUCUCGAGAAUCCUUUUACUGCGCAAAUCGAAGAGCAAAAUAUAGAAUUGCAACAGGAACUUUGUGAUUUACAAUCUGAACUUUCCCUUAAAACGCGACCGGAAAAAGGAAUAGAAGUUUUUAAAAUUUUAGACGUAGCGACUUAUCCGAGGCUUAGAAAUUUCGGUCUUCGAUUUUUUUCUAUGUUUGGCUCGACUUACUUAUGUGAAUGCUCUUUUUCAAAAAUGAAAUAUAUAAAAACCGACAGACGCUCUUGUUUGAAGGAUGCAUCAUUAUCUUCGUUGAUGCGAAUAAGUACUUCAAAUAUUGAAAUAGAUGUUCCAUCUGUUAUCGAAUCGUACGAACGGCGUAGUCGCACAAAAUUUUAAUUUUUGAUUUUUCUAUCGUUUUUGCUCAUUUCUUAAUUCUUCUUUUUAAGUGGACUAGGCCUACAGGGGAAACCACUAUAAAAAAAAACGCGUUAACAAUAGUACCU